AUGAACUGGUUUUGCGAGUUUCUCAAUUACUUUAUUCCCACAGCUGGAUGUGGACAAGUCAACCGUGCCAACCGCAUUGUUGGUGGAGUAGAGACGGAGGUGAACGAAUAUCCCUGGAUGGUUUCUCUUGUCGACGGCAGUGGAUACUAUCACUUCUGUGGCGGUUCUAUCAUCUCCAGCCAAUGGGUCGUCACUGCAGCUCACUGUGCAGUAGGCAUGACCACCUCGGAUUAUGUGCUGGUGGGAGACCACAACCUGUACUCCGGAAGCGAAGCCAAUUCUCAGUGGAUGCAGAUUGCUGAAAUUGUGAAUCAUCCGUCCUAUGAUUCCAACACACUGGACAACGACAUUGCCCUCAUCAGACUCAAGACAGAGAUCCAGUUCCCAUCUGACAACAAAAUCGCCCCUGUCUGCCUUCCAACUGCUGGUGAAAUGUAUGAUAGUGUGGAUGCCACAAUCACAGGAUGGGGAGCUCAACAGGAGGGUGGGUACUGA